GUAAAUAACCUAGAAUGCAGCCUCUAGACAUCAGUCCAACAAUAACAGCAACAACAGCAACAACAAAAAUGGGGUUGUACAGUAUGUACGACUUGUGUGAAACUAAUGGUUCAUCAAAUAAUUCACCAUCACCACACCACCAUCUUCACCAUCCAUCGCAACAUCAUCAUCAUCAUCCUUCUCAGCAUCAUCAUCAUCAUCCUUCUCAACAUCAUCAUGCUGUGACAAUCAGUGACAAUUCAUCACAUCAUUCACUUCAAUCAUCAUCCACAACUGUGAACAAUUCUUCAAGCCCAACCUCAUCACACACACCAUCAACCACCAACUCAUCUUCCCCACCAGCAACAGCCGCCGCCGCUGCUGCUUCUACCGCUGCUGCAUUGGCAGCAAAAAAUGAACAUGAUAGAGUGAAAAGGCCAAUGAAUGCUUUUAUGGUUUGGUCAAGGGGACAGCGUCGGAAAAUGGCCCAAGAAAAUCCGAAAAUGCACAAUUCUGAAAUUUCUAAAAGGCUUGGUACCGAGUGGAAGGUAUUAUCUGAAAUUGAUAAGCGGCCCUUUAUCGAUGAAGCCAAAAGACUACGAGCAGUCCACAUGAAAGAUCAUCCAGACUAUAAAUAUCGACCACGUCGAAAGACCAAAACUUUAAUGAAAAAAGAUAAGCCUUAUUCACUAGCUAGUGGGUUAGAUCCUUUAACUGGGGACCCAUCACGAUCUUCGGCGGGGCCUACAAGUGCUGCAGCCGCAUUAAGUGUAUCUCGUGAUCUCUAUCAAAUGAAUGGAUGCAGUUAUCCACCAGUAUCCAUGCAUGAUUACCAACAACAUGCCGCUUACGGUUCACCCCAACCUGGUCUAUAUACCAGAUAUGAUAUGACCUCAGCUCCAAUGGCCAUGAGCUAUAUGAACAACUCAAAUUAUUCCCACCUGCCCAUGUCAACUUAUACGUCGAUGGGAAGUUCUUGUGCCCCUGGACCAGAGAUAAAUUAUUUACAUCAGCCUAGCUGAAUAUUCAACUUUUAAUCAAUAUUGUAAUGCUUUUCACUUAGUUCAUUUUGACAAUAAAAUUUGUGAGUAAAUUUGUUUCAAA